UGGCUUGAAAGUAUUCCAUCCCAAGAACCUCCAGCAAUCCCAAGAACGACCCCCAGUUAGGUGUGAUUGCGAGGCAGUAAUUCUGGGCCACCACACCGCCGUGGACGCAGCGUCUGGCUCCGCCCCCGGGACUCCGGGCUUUCAGGAUUUGGGUCUUUUAAGAUCCGCCCCGGCAACAAUCCGAGAGGGCGGGGCGAGCAGCACAGCUGUCACAUCCGAGCCGCUACCCGACUGGCUUUCACGUGUGUUCUGCAGGUCCAUAACAGCUCCUCGUCCGGAACUUCCUGGGGUGGCGACCAAUCACGGAGUCCUUCCUGUCCGUCCCAUUAUCAGCCGGCUGCCAAUCGGCGCGCCGCCGCCCACGCCCCUUAAAGGCGCCGCCGCUGCCGCGGAGCCGGGCGAGCGACUCGAGGUUCCGGCCCCCACCCGCAGUAUGGAGGCCGCCCCGGGGCGGCUCGGGCCGGAACCGGACCUUUCGGCCUUAGCCGACCCUCAGGCCGCGACUUUCAGCGGCAAGCCGGGCCCAACGCCCUCGAAGCCGCCCUCAGCCUUAAGGGUGUCCGGGGAGGAAGAGGCUGAGAACGUUGGGGUCGCGAGCCGUCACCCACGAGCGUCCCUGAGGACGUCGAGCGGUAGCAUCGUCCACCGGCCGGGGCUGGACGCUUGGGAGGACCAGCCGGGCCUCCGGGCGACGCCGUCAGGACCCGGGGACCGCCGGGGACCCGCAGGUUCUGAGCACGCCCCGCCCCCGUCCUCCUGGCACCAGGAGCCCGAGCCCGGCGAGAACCAGCCUUCCGCCCCGAGGGUCUGCCGUCGAGGGAGCCCCGGAGGCGUCGAGAUGAAUGCGGAGCCGCCGCUGCAAGAGAGUGAAGACCACAGCGAAGAGGAGGAGGCGGCGGGCAGGGCUGGCCGCUCGUUCCCCAGCCGCCUUCAGGACAGCCGCAGCCUGGACGGGCUGAGUGGGGCGUGCGGCGGAGGGGGAACCUCAGCGAGCGGCGAGGCCGGCGCGGGCGGGGGACGUCGCGCCACCAUCUCCAGCCCCCUAGAGCUCGAGGGCACGGUGAGCCGCCACGGCGACCUCACCCACUUUGUCGCCAACAACCUACAACUCAAGAUCCGACUGAGUGCCGCCCCACCGCCCCUUCCCCCUGCCGCCGUGCGGCCCUGCCUAACGCCCGCACCCACUCCCACUAUUCCUCCCAUCGACCCCGACGUGCUGAGGGAUCUGGAGCGGCUGAGUCGCGAGCUGGGCGGCCGGGUGGACCGUCUGCUUCGCGGGCUGGGUGGUGCGGUACAGGAGCUGACAGCCUUGAGCGUGGGCUGUAUCCAGACCUACCGCGACGCGGUGGAUUCCUUAGGCGAAGCGGUGGACAUGAGCAUCAAGGGCAUGUACACCUUGCUUGCGCGCUGCGAGGAGCUGGAACGGGCUCUGCAGCCGGUUCAGGGGCUGGCACGCCAAGUCCGAGAUAUCCGACGCACUCUGGAGGUGUUGGAGGCCCUGUGCAAGUGAGCAGGAGGACAGAUGAGAGGCCAUGCCUAACCUGGCCGGGCCAGGGUCCAGUAAGACCCUAAAGAUUUUUCGAGGAGCCCUGGUGGAAACCGCCUGCAGAGGGGAGGCCUGUGUGUUAAGGGUCUUCCACAGCAUAAGGAGUGCGAAUGGGGAAGUUGUAAAGAUUUUCCUGUGGGACGGGAUGUAGCUCUUCUAUUCAGUUGGCCAUCUGUAGCUACCCUGUACUUCCUCUUCUCCUUAGCUAGAACGCCAUCCUUUGGGAACAAAACCCUUAAAUCUCUUCUGGGGAGUGGGGCAGACCCCCACGUUUGAUGAGAACAGAAGCAGCCAGAGGCCGCUGUGGCUGUCCUGAUUCCAGUGAUCAGACCUCAAGUGCCGGGUUCUUUAGGAGGCUGAGUGGUGCUUGGCCACACACCCUGCAGGCAAGGGCGCACAUCUGCAGACGCAUAACCUCCUGCUGCGUCCCUCUGGUCCCCUAAAACGCCACGGGGUGGAGCUAACAGGAGCACAUUUCAUGGUGGAGGGGCGAGUUGGAGGUGACUCACUGCUCUCUGUUCAGGUAGAACUGCUGCUGGUUUUGAAGCCCACCUGUUGUGGAGUAUUCUAAUCAGUUUUGGCUUCCUGAGUUUUGUGGAAUUAAAAUGCCAUUGCUGCUAA